AGAUCAGGGAGAUAAACUUCUACACUGACUCGAAGAAAUAACCUAAAAAUCAAACCACUUUUCAGGUCAUGCAACUUCUACACUGACUCGAAGAAAUAACCUAAAAUCAAACCACUUUUCAGGUCAUGCAACUUCUACACUGACUCGAAGAAAUAACCUAAAAUCAAACCACUUUUCAGGUCAUGCAACUUUUACACUGACUCGAAGAAGUAACCUAAAAAUUAAACCACUUUUCAGGUCAUGCAACUUUUACACUGACUCGAAGAAAUAACCUAAAAAUCAAACCACUUUUCAGGUCAUGCAACUUCUACACUGACUCGAAGAAAUAACCUAAAAAUCAAACCACUUUUCAGGUCAUGCCGAUAUCCUGGAAUAUUUGAUUGACCGUUUUAGAAACAGCCUAAUCAUCGACCAACGUAAUAUGUGUGGAAUGACAGCACUUAUGAAAGCCGCUCUUCAAGGACGAAUUCGUUGUGUUAACUUGCUUCUUGAGUCAGGAGCAAAUCCUCACUUAAGGGAUCCAGCUAGGAAGUUAUCCUCAUUGGAAUGGGCUAAACUCUGUGGUCGAGAAGCAUGUGCGGAAAGCAUCGUAAAGUUCACGAAGACUAAUUCUAAAAAUAAAUUUUCUUCCCUUCAGCGAAAACAGCCUAGUUUACGGAGAAAGUGGCCUAGUGAUCCCGAUCUUCGACAUGCAUCCUUUCUAAACACUGUGCUAAGCGUUGAAGCAGACAGCGGCAAUUGGUUCAAACAAAAACUAAGAAACCCUUUCAGGUACGGUGAAAACAGAGCGCGCCGAAAUUCCGAUUUCAGUGUUUUUAACAACAUAACAGCCUCAGCAAUGUUGUGCGCAUCGUCGGCUAUUCUCCAGAAUUCUGAAUCAGAAUUACUCAGUAAAAAGAACAAAUCCAGAAGAGCUAGUGGAAAGCGAAAAAUUUUCAUUCCAAAGGUCGAAGUUGCUCAAGACAGCGUUUGCCCACCAACCACUGACUUUUUUCCAACUGGUACAGCACCUUGUUUUAAAAACACAUCACCGCCACUACAUGUGCCACCACCUGUUCUAAUUUCCAGAAAAA